UCCUCGUGAAAUAAUUAUCCAAAUGGCUCCCGUCAAGUCUACCCCCGUUGCUGUCAAGAAGUCCAAGUUCGUCAUCGACUGCUCUGGUCCCGCCAACGACAAGAUCUUCGAUGCCGCUGCCUUCGAGAAGUACCUCCACGAUCGCAUCAAGGUCGAUGGCCGUACCAACAACUUGACUGAGGCCGUUACCAUCACCCGUGGUGCCGACAACAAGAUCACCGUUGUUGCCUCCAUUGCUUUCUCCAAGCGUUACCUCAAGUACCUCACCAAGAAGUUCUUGAAGAAGAACCAGAUCCGUGACUGGCUCCGUGUCAUUGCCACCGAUAAGCAGACCUUCGAGCUUAAGUACUUCAACAUCGCCAACGAGGAGGAGGCUGAUGAGGAGUAAAUUGUUUUCUCUUUUGAAAACUUUAUACUUAAAUAAAUAUUCUGGAAUUGGAGGGGGGGUAUUGCUAAUCUGUGGGUGAGACGAGAACGAACCCGCUGAGCACCUUCUUUUUUUUUCUCUGCUCACAAAUCACAAUCUCUGUCGAUCGAUUCGAUUCUUUUUUUAUUAUUAU